AUCAUAUGAUCAAUGAUCUAUUGAAUUCCAUCUUCCUCCCAAUCUUUUGAUUGUAGUGUAACGAGUAGAUUUUGCUAAAAAUUCUGGGAGCGAUACGAUAUAAAAAUGAAGGGCUGCAUUUUUAACAUCGACGCUGGAUAUUUAGAAGGACUGUGCCGUGGUUUUAAGUGUGGCAUACUCAAGCAAUCAGACUACUUGAACUUGGUACAAUGCGAAACAUUAGAAGACUUGAAACUUCACUUGCAAGGAACUGACUACGGUACAUUCCUUGCUAACGAACCCAGCCCUCUUUCUGUAUCGACUAUCGAUGACAAGUUGCGUGAGAAGCUUGUCAUUGAAUUUCAACAUCUAAGAAACCACUCUGUGGAGCCAAUGUCAACUUUCUUGGAUUUCAUUACAUACAGUUACAUGAUUGAUAACAUUAUUCUAUUGAUAACUGGUACUCUUCAUCAGAGGCCUAUUUCAGAAUUGAUUCCUAAGUGUCACCCUCUUGGCUCUUUUGAACAAAUGGAAGCUAUUCAUGUGGCUGCAACACCUGCUGAAUUGUACAAUGCUGUGCUGGUUGACACACCAUUGGCCCCAUUCUUUGUUGAUUGUAUUAGUGAGCAAGACUUGGAUGAAAUGAAUAUUGAGAUUAUUCGUAACACUCUGUACAAGGCUUAUUUGGAGGCUUUUUAUGAAUUCUGUAAACAAAUUGGGGGAACAACAGCUGACGUGAUGUGUGAAAUUUUGGCUUUUGAAGCAGAUCGUCGUGCUAUUAUUAUAACCAUCAAUUCUUUUGGAACUGAGCUUUCCAAGGAUGACCGUGCUAAGCUAUACCCACGUUGCGGUAAACUGAACCCCGAUGGAUUAGCUGCUCUUGCCCGUGCUGAUGAUUAUGAACAAGUUAAAGCUGUGGCAGAAUACUAUGCAGAAUAUUCUGCACUUUUUGAAGGUGCUGGAAAUAAUGUUGGAGACAAAACCCUUGAGGACAAAUUUUUUGAACAUGAGGUGACUCUAAAUGUAAUGGCUUUCUUACAACAGUUCCACUUCGGCGUUUUCUAUUCUUACCUUAAACUAAAGGAACAGGAAUGCCGAAAUAUUGUGUGGAUCAGCGAGUGUGUUGCCCAAAAACACCGAGCCAAGAUUGACAACUACAUUCCUAUAUUCUAAAAGCUGCAAACAUUAAAUCUAAAUACUAUCCGCAAUGUACAUAAUGUUAUUGAUUGUAAUUGAAUAUAAAGUUAUAUACUUGCUCCAUUUUGUUGCUUGUGCAAAAGUAUUCUUUUAAGAAAUUAUUUAUGAAAGGUUUGUUAAUUCUUAUUAUAACUCUUAAAUUUUCUUUUUAAAUUGAUAAGAUUGUAUCUAACAGUAUAAACUGAAUAAAUAGAUAAUUUACCAAAAUUAUGUAAAAUUUAUUUUUUAUUAAAUUGUAUUCAAAUAUCUAUUUAAAAGAAAAAAGUGUUAUAAAUUGUAUGUUAUAAACAGUUAAUAAAUCUUAACAUUCCGUGUUA